AUGAGGGUGCUUUCCUUAAUUCCUCUCCAGCCUAACACUCUGCUGCCAAGUAUAGGUAUUGGUAUAGGUUUUAAUAGGCAUGAAACUAAACAGAAAACUGUUCAGAGAUGGAGGGAGGCUUUGGAAGUUGAGGAAUGUGGCUCAGAUGACCGCUUAAUAAAAUGUGAAGAAUAUGAUGAUGGAGAGCAUGACUGUAUAUUCUUGGAUCUUCCUUAUGCAAGAGUCACACCACAGGAAACAGAAAACCAUAUAACAUCUGAAAAUAGAGCUGCAGCAGGAAAGCAAGAAGUUCGGGACAGUGCCUUUUGGAAUGGCUGCAGAGAUUAUUACCAGCUCUUUGACAGAGAUGAAGAUAGUUCAGAAUGUAGUGAUGGGGAGUGGUCCGCUUCUUUGCCUCAUCGAUUUUCUGGUUCAGAAAAAGAUCAGUCCUCAAGUGAUGAAAGCUAGACUCUGCCAGGAAAAGAUAAGAAUGAACCUGAGCUGCAGAGUGAUAGCAGUGGCCCCGAAGAAGAAAACCAAGAAUUAUCUCUGCAGGAAGGGGAGCAGACAUCCUUGGAAGAGGGAGAGAUUCCUUGGCCGCGGUACAGUGAAGUCAAUGAAAGCAGCAAUGAUGAGGGAAAUGAGCCCGCCAAUGAAUUUGCACAGCCAGAAGCUUUCAUGUUGGACAGUAACAACAAUCUUGAGGAUGACUCCAGUGUGAGUGAAAACUUGGAUGUGGAUUGGAGUUUAUUUGACGGCUUUGCAGAUGGCCUUGGAGUUGCUGAAGCUAUUUCUUAUGUGGAUCCUCAGUUCCUCACCUGCAUGGCACUGGAAGAGCGCUUAGCCCAGGCUAUGAAGACUGCACUGGCACAUUUAGAGUCCCUGGCAGUGGAUGUGGAGGUGGCCAAUCCACCAGCCAGUAAGGAGAGCAUCGAUGUCCUGCCAGAGACCCUUGUUCUUGAAGAUCACACUGCUAUUGGUCAGGAGCAGUGCUGUCCAAUCUGUUGCAGUGAAUAUAUAAAGAAUGAUAUAGCAACAGAGUUACCCUGUCACUGUUUCUUUCACAAACCUUGCGUCUCAAUUUGGCUACAGAAGUCGGGAACAUGCCCUGUGUGCCGCUGCCAUUUCCCACCUGCAGUUAUUGAAACGUCUGCAGCUGGUUCCUCUGAGUUUGAGCCUGAUGCCCCACCUUCAACUGACAGCACUGCAGAAGCCCCCUAAACCUUAACAGUGGAAAUGAGAUCAGUCUAUCAAAAUAAAUCUUCAAAUUUCUUCUAAAUCUGAUGUGCAAAUAAUUAUAUAUAAAUAUAUUAAAAUGCUAUAUAUAGUCUAUGCCAUAGUUUAGAAAGAGAAUACUUUCUAAACUGAAUUUAGGUUUGCAGAAGUACUAAACAUUUUCAAGCUGAAUGUUAAAGCAGUGCAUCAUUUUAUUUAGUUGAAUAUGUUGAUAUUAAUUGUAGAGUCAAGCUUAUCAGUUAAUUCUUUCCAAAAGAGUCAUUUAUGUGGCACCUGUUACUGGUUUUGUCUAAAGAACUGCCACUAAGAGAUUAUAGUUAAGCUCUCCUGUUCUCAUCAAAUGUGAAGACUGUGAUCACAACAGCAGUAAUGUUUGAUCUCAUUGGAAAUAAAUUAUAAAGCAUGUUUUUCACUGGGCCCUUUGUUUUUGCUGUACUGAAACUUUUUGAUUCAUAAUACUGAGAUUUUUAGAAAUGUAUCUACUUUUCCUUCUUUGUUUACCAUUGGGAUUUUUCAAUGCCAAAGGCUAAAAUUAUGGCCAGUAUAUCGCAUAAUUUAAAAUCUUACAUACAAUCCUCCCUAAAGUAGGUUGUAAAUUAUUUAAUAAACAGUGGGAGUGCUUACUGUAAAGAUGGAUAAAGUAUAUGAAGAUUUUGGUGUGUCAAUUCUUGGUAUAAUGAGGUAAAUUAGAUGGCCUUAUGAAAUAGGUUGAUCUUAACUCAACCUGUUUGUACUCGGUUAAAAUUAUACUUGAAAGUCCAGAGCACUACUGGCAUAUUUACUCAGUAAGUAUUGGAUUUAUUUAGUUUCAAGUGAUUUUGGUUUUGAAAUAUUUUGGGGAGUUCUAAAAUUUUGCACAGGGUCAUCUUUAGCUAUCUAACCCCAAACCAGAAUUGCACAGCUUAUCUUACUUAGGUGAUCACACACUGUAGGCAGGUUUGUACAAGUAUGGACAUAAUAGUUAACUUCAGAUGUGGUAUGAUAAUCAACACUAGAAAACAAUGGCUUUUAGGAUAUCACAUUUGAGCAGUAAAAUAGUAAAGCACAUAGUGAGUGUACAUCCAUCCAAGUGGUCCAUCAACAAGUUUAGUUUAAGGAAUAUUUCUAUGGCUUUCCAAAUGCAGAAUUUCAUUUUAUUUGUGUAAUUUUCUGAGUAUUUCUAUUUUGUGUCUUUUUUUUUCCAUUCUUAAAUGAAUUUUCACUGUUGCCACAUUUGAGGCUUAAAUAUAAGGAACAUAACACUUGCAUUCUAAUUUUUGCAUAUAUUGUAAAUGUGUCUGGUAUUUACAGCAAAAUACUGUGUAUCCUUUUAUGGGUAAAACAAAAGUGAACAUUUGCAUGCAUGUAAUGUGGUGAAUUUGUAAUUUAGGGGUUCUUUGGGGCUUCUGUGACUUUGGAAAUGCUUACAUUCAGGCCUUAAUGUUGCAUUAGCUAGCAUGUUUUCCUUGGGAUGUAUAUAGUCACUGUUGUAUAAACUAAUCUUUGCCCGUUUUCUACUAUGUGAUCUUUCCAUACCAUAUUUCAUUGAUGAUCAUUUAGUGUCAAGGAAUCAGUCGCAUUAAAAUUAAUUCUCAUGUGUAUAUUGUGGGAAUUCGUGGCUAGUAUGAUUUUUUGUUUGUUUCCUUUCAAGUAGUGUUGAUCAGUCGUGACACUGGUUAAACUUACAUACUGAAGAUCUGUUUGUAAUAAGCCACACAUUAUAUUUGGACAGUAUUAAGGUACCUUGUUUUUUUUUUUUUUUUUUUUUUUUCUCCUAGAUAGCAGCUAUCCCAAAGAAUACAUGUGUUUCUUUUUUCUUGCAAAGAUUUAGCAGUUAUCUGCCAGUUGUUAGGAAGUUUUGGUUGCAAGCUCAACUAGCAGUGUUGGAAGCUGAAUUUAAGAUAGCCAUUGUGCUUUUUUACUUUCAAUCUGUUACUGUCUUGUAUUAUUGACUCCCUACUAUUUACAAACAGCUGCUACAAAGGCGAAAGUUAAAAAAAUAGUUGGUUUAAAUUUAAAGAAGAUUGAAGUUUUGUUGUAACAAGUCUGUAUAAGCUGAGACUAACACAUUCAGACCCCAAAAUAUUUGAUCUUGCCUUGGAUCCUUUUGAAAAAAGAGUUAAGAAUAUCUGAAGGUAAAUUAGAAAUAAGUAUGAAUAUUAAUAAAGUAUCAUUUAUUUCUCUUAUUUUAUGUUGUGAUUUGACCUAAUUCUAUUUUUCUGAAUAUUGUCUUAUUUUAUGCAAUAUGAAUGCUGAUAUUUAAAGUUAGACUCAUGUGUUUUCUGUUGUUUUUUGUUUUAUCUUUAAGCUAGCUCUUGUUUGUGAUCUGGACUCAUACAUAAGCUGUUAAAUACAUAUGAACUGUUAAAAUGGAAUGCAAGUUUUUUGAAAGCCCAGUCUAAAUGUAAUGAUUGGUUUAUUGUUCUACAAUGCCAGCCCAUCAUUUUCAGUGUAAAUCAUAAACAAUAAACAAAAUAUACUCGGUGGUCA